AGAAAAAAUGGUCAAAUAUGGUGUGGGAAGGGCCUAAAGGGGCAAAUAUGUUGGAAAACUAUUACAGGGAUAACCUUGGUUUUCAGGCUAACAAACUAACUAACCUAGUUCUUCUUCUCCAUGGCUCCACAUGAUAUUUAACCUCAGACUAAAUCAGAUAGACAAGAAAUAUUCUAAUCAAUGCUGGUGAGGCUGCCAGGAAGUCGGCUCAUAUAUACACAGGUGGUGGUCCUGCAAAUUUAUUUAAAAAUUCUGGGAUAUAGUAUUUAAAGAAAUAAGGGCAAUGAUAAAAUUAUACUUAAACAAGAAGAUAAAGAAUUGACCUCUAGUUUACUAAUGGCGGCAGGAUUGAUAGUUGCAAAGAACUGGAAAGAUAAAGUGGACAUUUAUUUAGAAGAAUGGUAUAGAGAAAUUUGAAACAUAGUAAUCAAUGACAAACUGACUUGUGACAUUAAAGUUAAAAAGGGCAUUUGGAAACAAACAGAUUUUCAGGACAUAUGGGGUAAAUAUGAAUAUAUAUUCAUUGAAGAAAAGAGAACAAACCUGCAACAGGAGCAAUGAAAUUUUGAGAAAAUAAAAUAAGAUGAGUUAGCCCAGGUGAAGGUGGCAUGAAAAAAAUAAACAAAAGGGGUAUAGGGAUAAUAAUAAAAUGGAAUAUACAGUAGAGUCUCACUUAUCCAACAUAAACAGGCCGGCAGAAUGUUGGAUAAGCAAAUAUGUUGGAUAAUAAGGAGGGAUGAAGGAAAAGCCUAUUAAACAUCAAAUUAGGUUAUGAUUUUACAAAUUAAGCACCAGAACAUCAUGUUAGACAACAAAUUUGACAGAAAAAGUAGUUCAAUACGCAGUAAUGCUAUGUAGUAAUUACUGUAUUUACAAAUUUGGCACCAAAAUAUCACUAUGUAUUGAAAACAUUGACUACAAAAAUGCGUUAGAUAAUCCAUAACAUUGGAUAAGCGAAUGUUGGAUAAGUGAGACUCUAGUGUACAUAAAUUGGUAGGAAAUUGUAAUAGAAAUAUAAGCAUGAUAUGUUUAGAGAGGGGAAAAAUGAAAACUAGAUGGGUAGCAGGUUAUUGUUACGUUUGUUGUUAUUUUAGACUAGAGUAUAAGGUAAAGGUUUCCCCUGAUGUUAAGUCCAGUCAUGUCUGACUCUGGGGGUUGGUGCUCGUCUCCAUUUCUAAGCUGAAGAGCCGGCGUUGUCCGUAGACACCUCCAAGGUCAUGUGGCCAUAUACAAAAUGCUAAUAUGUUUAAUAAUUGUAUGUAUAAGUUGUACAAAAAUGUGAAAUAUAUGUAUAUGUCUUUUUAAAUACUGUGUACUUCCCUGUAAUAGAUAUUGGUUCAUUAUUGUCACAUUUUUGGAAAAGUGAUCAAUUGUAUAUUCUGAUGAUGAGGAUGAUAAUGAUAAUGAUAAUGAUAAUAAUAAUAAGAAUAAUGUAAGGAAUUUUAUUGGUCUAGAAACUGUUUCUGCUGAAGGUGUUCCCUCCUUGUUAAGAGCUGAUGUUGGCAUGCUGAGCGAAUCGUUUACAGGAAAUGCUCUGCAAGUAAAUGCAAAGGAAAGUGAAAGUAACUGCCUUCUUUGUACGUCAGACAUGGCUGCUGCUGCAAGGGCAGAGGAUCUCUUGUGGGAUCUUUGUGAAGAAGCCACUUGUUCUGUUUGCUUGGAUUAUUUCAAAGACCCUGUGAUUUUAGACUGUGGGCACAACUUCUGCAGAGCCUGCCUGACCCAGACCUGGGAGAAGUCAGGCAACACAGAGACCUCCUGCCCUCAGUGCAGAGAAAUCAUUUCGCAAAAGAACCUCAGGACAAACCAGCAGCUAGCCAACUUUGUAGAAAUAACAAAGAAACACAGUCCUCUGGGGCCUAAGGAGGAAAAAGGCAAGGAGAGAGUCUGUGAGAAACACCAGGAGCCCCUCAAUCUUUUCUGUACAGAUGACGAAGCCUUCAUUUGUGUGGUGUGUGACAGAUCCAAGGAGCACGGAGACCACAGAAAGAUUCCUCUGGGGACAGCUGCUGAAGACUACAAGGUUUUGAUGGGUAUUCGUCAGGAUGAUCUGGUGAAGGAGAGAGAAAAGAUUCUGGUAUAUAAAACAGAGACAGAAAAGGAAGCCCAAUACCUGCUUAAGCAGACAAAAACCAAAAUUGAAAAAACAAUUGGAGAAAUUACAGAAAUACAGCAGUUUCUGGAAGAACAGGAGAAAUAUCUCCGGGCCCAGAUGGAGGAGCUGGAGAAGCGUAUUGUAAGAAAAAGAGAUGAACACUUGGUCUUUCUUACCCGGGAACUUUCCUCUCUGGAAAAUCUCAUCCAAGAGUUGAAAGAGAAAUGUCAGCAGCCACCAGCAGAACUGCUACAGGAUGUGAGGAACCUCUUGCAGAGGUGUGAAGCAAGAAAAGAGUUCAAGAAUCCUGAUGUUUUUCCUCUUGAGCUGAAGUGGAAGAUCUGGGACUAUGGAGACAUUGCUCUCUUUCUGGAUGUUACCAUGAAGCAAGUCAGAGAUGAGCUAAUAUCUGGAUUUACACUACAGAAAGCAAAUGUAACUCUGGAUCCAGACACAGCUCAUGACCACCUUAUCCUGUCUGAGGAUCGUAAAAGUGUAACACAUGGAGAACAAUCUCAAAACCUGCCGGACAACUUGAGGAGGUUCAACAAAACGACUUCUGUCCUGGGAUGUGAUGGAUUCACAUCAGGCAGACAUUUCUGGGAAAUCUGUGUGGGAGAAGGGGAUCAGUGGCUGGCAGGGGUUGCCAGAAAGUCUAUGGAGAGAAAGGGUGACAUUGUCUACGGUCCUGAGGGGGGAAUCUGGGCUAUAGGGAAGUGGGGUGGUGCAUACAGAGUUGCUAACAGUCCUCAUCACUUGAACUUGUCUAUGAACAGUGAGCUCAAAAGAAUCCAAGUGUCUCUGAACUAUGCUGGAGGUCAAGUGGCCUUUUACGAUGCUGAUACAGGAGCCCAUCUCUAUUCAUUCUCUGGGGCCUCAUUCACAGGAGAGACACUUCUUCCUUUUUUUAAUGUGAAUAAAAAAGGGCAUCUGAGAAUUUCUCCUUAAGGCAGCAAAACAAGUUGACCACAUAUGCCCUACAUCCUGCAAGAUUUGGAUUUAUCUCCAGUAAAGGCCAAAGGUAGUGCUCUAGUGCAGUUCUUGACUAACGGAGCAGUUGGCCAAAUUUCUCUUUGCAGUGGCAAAAAGCGACAAGUGUUUCAUGAAUAAUCUGUAAGUGCUAAGCGUGUUACAAAGAGUACUUAAGAGACUUAUUACUAAUUGGCAAUCAGUUCCUGUUUUAGAUUAUCAAGAUAGUCAUUCAUCCGAUAGCAAAUGGUGAUACUUGUUAUCAUUAACUAUAAGCCAAAUGCAGUGUCAUAAAUUAUUCAAAUGUAUUUCAUCAUUCUACUUUCACUAGACUUUAGCCAAUGGUUUGUUGACCGAAAUAAAGGCGACUGACUGAC